AUGUCCGCUUCCUCUUCCUCCUCCUCCACCACCAUCACCAACACCCUCGAGGCUUCUCGCCUCAAGUACCCUCGAGACAGCAAGUACCGCUUCAAGCGCAACGCCGCUCCGACCGACCAGGACACCUGCGACGGCACGGCUGCCGGCCUCACCAAGUACCAGAUCAAGCGCGCGCGUGGCGCCGACGCCCCUGGACCCAGCGCCGACAUGUACGACGUCUUCCUCGCCGCCUCCGCGGCCCUCCACAAGCAGCGCGAGCGUGAGGUCGCCGACCUCAAGCAAGCCGCCGCACAGAAGGAGGUUGACAACGGCAACCUCAAGAGCGAGUACCAGCGCCGUCUCUCCGAGCUCGAGGCUCGCGACCAAGCCAAGCAGCAAGAGGUCGAGCAACUGCAGAAGCAGUGUGUUGUGGGGAUUGCUGCCGCGAAGAGCGAGUGUGAGCAGCUCGUAGACCAGGUGAAGCAGGCCGCUCAGCGCGAGAUUGACGAGUUGCGUGAGGGCAAGGCGCGUGUCGAGCAAGAGCUGGCGGAGCAGCAGAGCUCAUUCAAGGCCAAGUGCGAGAAGGCGGAGAAGAUCCACUUGAAACUGAUGGCCGAGAAAGAGCAGGAGGUGAUGAGAAGGGCCGAGCAGCGCCACAAGGAGCUUUUGGCGAAGCACGAGGAGGAGGAGGAGAAGCGCUUCGGCGAGGAGAUGGAUCUUGUCAUCGAGGAUGUCUCCAAGAAGGAUGAGGAGAUCAAGGCGCAGAAGAAGCAGAUCGAGUAUUUGAUCGCCAAGGUUCGAAUGGAGAAGAAGGAGAAUAAGCGUCUGGUGAAGGAGAACAAGAAGCUUGACAAGGCCCUCGAGAAGAGCGACGACAUGACCUUGAAGUACAUGAGGUUGGUGUAUGUGGAGACGGGCAAGAGCGAAGAAGUCCUCAAGGAGGCGCUUGAGAAGGAAGAGGAGAACGAGCGACUCCUGCAACACGUCGACAUGCUGAAGGCGGACAUCAAGAGCGGCGUAGGCGCAGCGGGUGAGCUGCUGGAGAAGACCACGCUGAAGGGCAACGAGAACCGCAAGAAGAUGCCAAGCGAGAAGCGCAACAGCGCAAAGAUGGGCGCCGCACGCACGAGAGCCGGCACCGCGCCAAAGGGCGUCCAGAAGGCCAAGUACACCAACAAGGACGCCCUGAAGAAAGCUCUCGAUCUCCUCGACAACGGCGACGACGAGUGCUUCGACGACGAUCUCGAUGCCAUGCCCACUGACGACGAGUCGGAGAGCGAGCAGGCGACACCGAAGUGCGCACACCUCAAAGACAGAGGUCUGAAUGCUACUUUCGGGCUCAUCUCGCCCCCAGACAGCGAGAGGGACUUGUCCAUGGUCCAAUAG